AUGCAGAGAUCGUCGAGCUCCGUGAAAGGCUUGAACCAGCCGGAACCCGGCAGUACCAUAGAAUCUUCUUUCUUUCGGGAUGGCUUCGACCUCGAAAUCGCGGAAGCCAGUAGACACUUCCGAGGAGCAUCUUUCCCGAUUGAGUGCGUAGACCUCGGUACCUCUGAACUUGUUUCGCCGCCUCGGUACUCCGUACCCAUUGACUAUUUAUUGGCCUCAUUACACACACAGUCAAACAGAAUAGAAUCUCAAUUUGAAGCAGGAAUUGGAAUUCACGCUUACCAAGUCAAAAGCAUGGCUCUUCCUCCAAUCAAAACCGUUGGUGUGAUCGGCACUGGUGUGAUCGGCGCCAGUUGGACGGCAUUAUUCUUGGCCAAGGGCUUGAAGGUCAUUGUGACGGACCCAGCGCCAGGAGCUGAGGCCAGACUCCGUGAUCAGUUGCUGAAGCACUGGCCAAGCAUACCCAAUGCCAAAGUGACACAAGACGAAUACUUGAAUAAUUUCAAAUUUGUCGAGGAAAUCGACGCUUAUCUUGGGGAUGUAGAUUUGAUACAAGAGAACGGACCAGAGAGGCUGGACUUUAAGCGCAGUCUUUUCGCCCAUUUGGAUGCAAAUACCCCCGAGCAUGUGCUUAUCGCAUCGUCCUCUUCCGGCCUCCCUUCAUCGGAAUUCAUUACUGAAUGUAACAAAAACCCGGCCCGUAUUUUGAUCGGCCAUCCAUUCAAUCCCCCGCACUUAGUGCCCCUGGUCGAGGUAGUUCCCCACCAAGGAACGGGUGAUGCGUACGUGACGGCUGCACUUCAGUUUUACCGAAGCCUGGGCAAAGAUCCGGUACUUGUUAAGAAGGAGACUCCUGGGUUUAUUGCGAACCGGCUUCAAGCAGCUGUUUGUGCGGAAGCCUAUAGCCUUGUCUCGAGGGGUAUCGUCUCAGCCGAGGACCUUGACAAAACUAUGACAUCUGGCCUUGGCCUUCGCUGGGCUUUGACUGGACCUAUCAUGACCAACACUCUUGGUGGAGGUGGAAACUUCAAUCAUUUCAUGGACCACCUGGGGCCGGCGUUGAAAACGUGGUUGGAUGAUAUGCACCGGCAUGAAUUUGACUUGAAUUCUCAAGAUGUCGACAUUCUUAAGGAGAGAGUGAAUGAGUGGACUUCGCAGGCCAACUUGGAAGAGAUUGAACAAAGUAGAAACAAGCGUUUGGUUGAUUUGAUCAAGAGCAAAUCUGAGGAUUCUGUCUAG